UUCUCUUAUUCAUUCAUAUAAAGUGGUCACUCAUAGAGAAAAUGGUGGGUGUUAUUUCGUUGAUAACAGGAAUGUCUGGUCCAAGUGGGUUUGGAUCAUCUUCAACUGCAGAGAUGGUUACCGAAGGAAUUGAUGCCAGCAACCUUACCGCAAUUAUCACAGGAGGAGCAAGUGGAAUUGGGUUGGAGACAACAAGAGUGUUGGCUCUUAGAAAUGUGCAUGUUAUCAUUGCUGCAAGAAGCAUGGAAUCUGCUGAGAAAGCUAAGCAGCAUAUAACACAAGAGAACAAGUUUGCAAGAGUGGAUAUAAUGAAACUUGACUUGUGUUCAACAAAGUCUGUCAAAACAUUUGUGGAGAAUUUCAUUGCUCUUGAUCUUCCUCUCAACAUCUUAAUAAACAAUGCUGGAAUCAUGUUUUGUCCAUUCAAGCUUUCAGAAGAAGGAAUUGAGAUGCAGUUUGCAACAAAUCAUCUUGGUCAUUUUCUGUUGACAAAUCUUCUUCUUGAUAAAAUGAAACAAACUGCAAAAGCAACUGGAAUAGAGGGAAGAAUCAUAAAUCUAUCAUCAAUUGCUCAUAGAUACACUUACUGCAGAAAAGGAAUUAGAUUUGAUAAGAUUAAUGAUCAAAAUGGUUAUUCUAAUAAAAAAGCUUAUGGACAGUCCAAGUUAGCCAACAUAUUACAUGCAAAUGAACUCUCCCGUCGUUUACAGGAAGAGGGUGUGAACAUUACAGCCAACUCUGUUCAUCCAGGAAUAAUAAUGACUCCUCUUAUGAGAUAUUCUUCUUACCUUAUGAACUUCUUGAAGAUCUUCAGCUUCUACAUAUGGAAGAACGUCCCACAGGGAGCAGCUACAACAUGCUAUGUUGCACUUCACCCAAAUGUGAAAGGUGUGACUGGGAAGUACUUUGUGGAUUGCAAUGAAUUCAAGUCAAGUGCAUUUGCUAGAAAUAAACAGUUAGCAAAGAAGCUUUGGGAUUUCAGCAACAAUUUGAUCAACUCAAUCUCAAAAGCUUGAUGGAGAACACUUGAUGUUUGAUUCACCACUUUAUCAUCUUAACUUGUUGUUAUGUGUAAUAUUAUGUAAUGGUGUUUGAUUCACCACUUUAUCAUCUUAACUCGUUGUUAUGUGUAAUAUUAUGUAAUGGUGUAAGUUGCAUGUUUGUUGUAAGGUACGUGUUUAUUUACAAUAAAAUUGCUAGCUCUAUAAGGAUAAGGAUGUUUGUAAGCA